CAUCAGGAUGGUGCAAACAAGUUGGUUGUACCUGCUGCUCCUUGUGACUCUGACGGGCUGCAAGGCUGAUAAUACCAGCAGUGGCUUCUGGGAAUACUUAAGCCAACUGACCAAUGACAAGGACAAAUGGGACCUACAGCAGAAUGCAGCACGAGAGAUGAACACUCUCAAGAGCAGUUUCCAAAAUGGAGUUAAUUAUGUUGGCAAAUUCCUAGGACCACUGAAAAAUGGUUUCCAGCAACGCUUGUAUCAGGACACUGAUGGGCUCCAAAGACUUAUUGGCAGAGAAUUGCAAGAGCUUCGCAGGAAGAUAUAUCCAUACAUGGAUGAAGCACACCAGAAAAUCAGCAGAAAUCUGGAGAAGCUACAAAAGCGCUUACUACCAUACACCAGUGAAUUGAAAGACCAGGUGGAAUGGGGAGCACAGGAGCUGCACCUGCAACUCAGGCCAUAUAAACAUGAUCUGAAAACCAGGAAAAUGGAUAAACUAGCAGAAAAUUUCCAAGACCGUAUUAUUUUCCAUACCGGAAGAGUUAAGGAAGUCUUUUACCCACUAGCUGAACGAUUAGUGGAAGAGAUCCAUCAUGCCACAGAGGAACUACAUUUAAAUCUUUUGCCCCAUACACAAACAACCCAGGAGAAGAUGAGCCAACAGGUUCAGGAACUAUCUCAAAAGCUUACUAAGAAUGCCAGGCUUCUUCAUGAGAAAAUCCACAAGAAUUUGGAUGAGCUAAAACAGCAGUUGGUCUCUUACCCUCAUCAGAUAAAACAACAAUUCCCUAAUAGACACAGUGUAGAACAUGUAGCCCCUUAUGUGGAUGAGAUGGCUGCUCAGGUACAGAAAGAGGUGGAAGAAUUCCAGAGAAGCACUAAGAUGCAGAUAGAGGACUUUACAAGGACCAUCAGUAGAGAGGCUGAGGAGAUGCAGAACAAGUUGUCCCCCGCAUCUUGGGAUUUUCAAGACAGUGUUGGGCCGGUAGAGGAUGUGCAAGAAAAACUAGAUUCCUUGUGGAAGGACAUUGCCCAGAGUCUGGACUAAUAAUACGACUUUGAGGAACUAAUAAUCCACCGAAGAAAUGUGAGAUCACAGUAACUUUUAUACACUCGCUACAGCUACAGUAUCAAUAGGCAAUUAUGUUCAGUGGUCAAAGUGUGAU